CUUUCUAUAUAAGACUGCGAGUUGUUCUUCAACCAAACAGUCACUAAUAUAAUUCUGCAGAACACGUUUACCUCUUUUGAGCUUUAACUAUGGAGGGACAGCAACGUAGUGGCCAUGCUUAUGAAGAUGUUACUCACCCAACCGGGUUGCACUCAGGGGAUGAAAGACAUGGUCAAAAUCCGGUUCACGGCCAAGGAAAAGUAGAAGAUGAAGGAGCGCAGGAAACCAAAAUAGGACUACCAACAGUGUUAGACGAUGACCCUAAUGCACCAAAAGAUCGUCCUGAGGACAAAACUUCUUCUAAUUAUCAGAGCAAAGUCACUGAUACUACAGGCGCCAAUAAGGAGGAGGCGGGAACUACACCACUAGUUCAGUCAUUCGAGAAAAUGAGCGUCAAUGAAGGAAUAAGGGCAGAGAAAGGAGCAGGGGAAGUUGGCGGUACAGAAGAAGAGGGGAAGAGUAAAGCAACAACAGAUAAAGGAGUGUCAAUGAAGAAGUACUUGGCAGAGAAAUUUAAGCCAGGAGAGGAAGAUAAGGCACUUUCUGAGGUGAUAGCAGGCACACUUUCAAAACACAAGGAUAAAACAGAGGGACGAGAGGAGGAAAAGCCAACAGGGAAGGUUAAGGAAUCAGAGGAAGUAACCAAACUAACAGGACCUACAGAUGAACAAGGGGUUGCUGCUGCGGCUACACACAGUGAAGGUUCAGGAAAGAGUAUUGUAGGUAGGAUUAAAGGUGCUGCAAGUUCGUGGUUUGGCAAAGGUACUGGAAAAUCAGCAGCACAGAGCCCUACCGUCUCAGAUACUAAUUAAGUGGUUUUUAUGUUUGCUACUGAUCCCUCCUCUUUUCAAACAAAAGAUGUUGUAUAUGCUGGUUGCGUCUUUCUUUGUUUGGUAUUCUGUUUGUUUGAGCACGUCUAAUCAGUUGUAAUUAGAUAAUGAGAUCUGAUGUUGUUCUGGACUGGAUUGAGUCGGCUAUGUGCAUUUAUCUCUUUUGUAUAUUCGCUUUUUAUGAAUUAUGUCAUAAUGA